CGGAAGUGAAGGCGGAGCCUCGGGCUCUUUUGUCUUGUGAUUUUGGGCAGAGAGCCACGUGUUGAAAUAUAACGUCUCAGACCUCUACCUCACUAAUCUACAAUAUCAGUAGACUAGACAUAAAUAUUCCCAUCUGGUUAACUUCGCCGGAUCUCUGUAAUCGACAAUAACGGAAGAAUCUACAAUGAAUAAGGAAACACCUAUCCCACCCCCCUCCUCCCUCUCCCUCCGACCCUCCUCCCCCUUCACCCUCCCGGGGGCCCCAGGUCGUGCCUCUCCCGGUAGUGCCUUACUGCAGGGUAUGAAGAGGUUGUCUGUGCUGUUGGUGGACUGCAGGAAAACAACAGGGCUGAGGGACAGCCAUAACCGUCGCUCUCUCAGUAGAAGAGUCAUAUCUGGGGAGGCUAACGAACAUGAUGCUGACGAGGCAGAGAACAGUCUCUCCAGAUCAGAACACCUCAAACACCAGCAGAGAGUGGCAGGGAAGAAACCUCACCGCUGCUCUGACUGUGGAAAGAGUUUCACCUCUUCGUCAAAACUUAAAACACACCAGAGAAUUCAUACUGGAGAGAAACCGUUUCACUGCACAGACUGUGGGAAGAGUUUUGUUCAAUUAGGCAACCUGAAAAUUCAUCUGCGGGGACACACACAAGAGAAGCCUUACCACUGCUCUGUCUGUGAGAAGAGCUUUUCAACAUCACAUGGUAAUAAAGUGCACCAGAGAACACACACCGGAGAGAAGCCUUACCACUGCUCUGACUGUGGGAAGAGUUUUGCUCAUUCAAGAAAUCUGAUAAAGCACCAGCGCAUACACACAGGAGAGAAACCUUACAGCUGUGAUCAAUGUGGGAAGAGAUUUACUAGCUCAAAUGACCUGAUACUACACCAUAGAAUACACACUGGAGAGAAACCUUACCACUGUUUGGACUGCGGGAAGAGUUUUACUCAGGCAAGCAACCUGAAAACACACCAGCGCAGACACCUGGGCCAGAAGCUUCACCACUGUUCAGAUUGUGGAAGUAACUUUUCAACAUCAAGGGGUUUAGAGCUGCACCAGCGAACACACACAGGUGUGAAACCUUACUACUGCUUCAGCUGUAGUAAAAGUUUUGCUAGAUUAGACGGACUGACAGUGCACCAGCGAACACACACAGGUGAGAAGCCUUUUAGCUGUGAUCAGUGUGGGAAGAGAUUUGCUCAGUCAGCACACUUGACUGUACACCAGAGAACACACACUGGAGAGAAACCAUACCACUGCUCAGACUGUGGAAUAAGCUUUAUUAAUUCAAGUCACCUUAAGGUACAUCAGAGAGUACACACAGGAGAGAAGCCUUAUAACUGUGAUGUAUGUGGCAAAAGUUUUGUUACAUCAGGAAGUCUGGCUUCACACCUUCGAACCCACACAGGAGAAAAGCCUUACCGUUGUACCGACUGUGGGACAAGCUUUGGCAAGUUAGACCAUUUAAAAGUGCACCAGAGAACACACACAGGAGAGAAACCUUACCAUUGUGCCGACUGUGGGAAAAGCUUUGCUGGGUCAGGCAGUUUAAAGUCACACCAGAGAACACACACAGGAGAGAAGCCUUACCACUGCUCUGACUGCGGAAUGGGCUUAACCACUUCAGGUGGACUUAAAAUACACCGGAGAACACACACAGGAGAAAAACCAUUCCACUGCUCUGACUGUGGGAAAAGAUUUAAUCAGUCUGGGCAGUUGGUUUUACACCAGCGAAUACACACUGGCGAAAAGCCUUACCACUGCUCAGACUGUGGGCUGAGUUGUACUUCUUCAGGGGAUUUAAAAGUGCACCUGCGAACACACACUGGAGAGAAGCCUUUUGGCUGUGAUCAGUGUGGGAAGAGGUUCGCUCAGUCAGGAAGCCUGGCUGGACACAAGAGAACACACACUGGAGAGAAGCCUUUUGGCUGUGAUCAGUGUGGGAAGAGGUUCAGUCAGUCAGGAACCCUGGCUGGACACAAGAGGAAACACCACACUGGUGGGUAACCUUUCCAUUUCUUUUAUUUUUUAUAGCUGAAACCAGUUAAUGGUAGACUGUCGGAGAGAAGCCGUGCAGGGUGAGCUUUCUUAAUGUGGCCAUGCUUGGUUUAACAAGGGAACUUUAAAUAACUGUCCAUUUAAUUACAAUAUUUUUAAUUUAUUUAACUAGGCAAGUCAGUUAAGAACAAAUUCUUAUUUUCAAUGACAGCCUAGGGGUUAACUGCCUGUUCAGGGGCAGAACGACAGAUUUGUACCUUGUCAGCUCGGGGGUUUGAACUUGCAACCUUCCUGCUACUAGUCCAACACUCUAACCACUAGGCUACUCUGCCGCCCCAAUAUGAGUGAAAAAGUCUGUUUGAAUGGUGUGGGCGUAUACCGGUCAUUAAAAUGAUUCAUGACAUGUUAACAGUGGAUUGGUCAGCUCAGAGAAAGCAGGGAGGCAGCUCCUCCCCCUCUCUCUGCAAGUUUCAGGCAAGUCUGUCCUUAGGGAUAAGGCAAGGGUCCGUUUGAAAAUGUUCAACCCUGUCCACCAUCCAACUCACCAUGAUCAACCCUGUCCACCAUCCAACUCACCAUGAUCAACCCUGUCCACCAUCCAACUCACCAUGGUCAACCCUGUCCACCAUCCAACUCACCAUGGUCAACCCUGUCCACCAUCCAACUCACCAUGGUCAACCCUGUCCACCAUCCAACUCACCAUGGUCAACCCUGUCCACCAUCCAACUCACCAUGGUCAACCCUGUCCACCAUCCAACUCACCAUGGUCAACCCUGUCCACCAUCCAACUCACCAUGGUCAACCCUGUCCACCAUCCAACUCACCAUGGUCAACCCUGUCCACCAUCCAACUCACCAUGUCAACCCUGUCCACCAUCCAACUCACCAUGGUCAACCCUGUCUACCAUCCAACUCACCAUGAUCAACCCUGUCCACCAUCCAACUCACCAUGGUCAACCCUGUCCACCAUCCAACUCACCAUGUCCAAUCCUGUCCACCAUCCAACUCACCAUGGUCAACCCUGUCCACCAUCCAACUCACCAUCACCAUAAUCAACCCUGUCUAUACCAUCCAACUCACCAUUGUCAACCCUGUCUACCAUCCAACUCACCAUGGUCAACCCUGUCCACCAUCCAACUCACCAUGGUCAUCCCUGUCCACCAUCCAACUCACCAUGGUCAACCCUGUCCACCAUCCAACUCACCAUCACCGUGAUCAAGCCUGUCCACCAUCCACCAUCACCAUGGUCAACCCUGUCUAACCUCCAACUCACCAUCACCAUGGUCAAUCCUGUCUACCAUCCAACUCACCAUCACCAUGGUCGACCCUGUCUACCCUCCAACUCACCAUUAUUAACCCUGUCUACCCUCCAACUCACCAUUAUUAACCCUGUCCACCAUCCAACUCACCAUUAUUAACCCUGUCCACCAUCCAUCUCACCAUUAUUAACCCUGUCCACCAUCCAACUCACCAUUAUUAACCCUGUCCACCAUCCAACUCACCAUUAUUAACCCUGUCUACC